AUGAGUGAGGAGUCGGAGGAGAAGUUGAUUGAUGGGAACAAUGAUGUGGAUCCUCAGUUAUGGCAUGCUAUUGCUGGAGGAAUGGUUCAAAUUCCACAAGUUAACUCUAAGAUCUUCUACUUCCCUCAAGGUCACGCGGAGCAUGCGUAUGAACCAGUUAAUUUUAGUGUUGACGUCAAAGUUCCAUUUUUCAUUCCAUGUAGAGUUGCAGCUAUUCAUUAUAGGGCUGAUCCUGACACAGAUGAAGUGUAUGCAAAACUCAGGCUUGUUCCUUUGCAUAUAAGCGAGGCUGGUUUUGAUGACGGCUGUGUUGGUGGCGUCGAUGAUAUGUCUGAGACUAAGAAUAAAUAUCAAUCUUAUACGAAAACCUUGACACAAUCUGAUGCGAACAAUGGUGGUGGAUUCUCUUGUCCUAGGUAUUGUGCAGAAACACUUUUGCCUCCAUUAGACUAUUCAGGUACCCCUCCUUCUCAGUACAUUUCUGCCACGGAUGUUCAUGGCCAGACGUGGGAAUUCAAACAUGUUUAUAGGGGCACGCCGAAGCGGCAUCUUUUAACAACCAACUGGAGUGAUUUUGUAACCGACAAGCUACUUGUUUCGGGGGAUUCACUUGUGUUUUUGAGGGCUGAAAACGGUGAUCUUCAUAUUGGAAUUCGAAGGUCUACAAGACGAAACGAAAUUGGAUUUAACCCUUCAUCCAAGAGGAAACCUGGUAGUGAAAUUGGAAUCCGUAUUGGUCCAUCAUACUUGGGACUUACCUCGUCUUCGGGGGAGAAAGAUAAUAAACUUCAAAAGAAUGAUAAAGAAAAAGGAUUGAAAAUAAGUGAUAAGAUUAUGGGUAGGGGAAAAGUGAAGGCUGAAGAUGUUAUUGAAGCAGUAAGACUUGGUGUAAAUAUGCAACCGUUUGAUGUGGUUUACUAUCCUCGGGUUGGUACUCCCGAGUUUUUUGUGAAAACCUCUUCAAUUAGAACAGCACUUCAGAUUAGGUGGUGUUGUGGAAUGAGGUUCAAGAUGGCCUUUGAAACUGAAGACUCGUCAAGGAUAAGUUGGUUUAUGGGAACAAUUACUUCAGUUCAGGCUGCUGAUCCAGCAUGGCCUGACUCUCUUUGGAGACUUCUGCAGGUUACAUGGGAUGAACCUGAGUUACUUAAAAAUACGAAAAGGGUGAAUCCGUGGCAAGUGGAAAUAGUAUCGCACAUGCCUUCAAUCCCUUUUUCCUCUUUCUUGCCACCAUCAAGGAAGAAACUGAGAUUGUCUCAAUACCCAGAUUACCCUAUUGGUGGCCAAUUUUCAAUGCCAACUUUUCCAAACUACAUUCAAACUCCAAAUGUUCCAAUUUUUCAUUUACCAAAAACUAGUCCUGCUGGUAUGCAGGGAGCCAGGCAUGAUCCUUUUGGUGUCUCUUUAUCAGACAUUCACAUCAAUAAGUCUCCAUUAGUUUUCUUUAAGCCUAAUUUCCAACAACCAUUUGAUCCUAAUGCUACAACAUCAAUGAUGGUCCCAAGUAACACUGUAUUGCAAAAGGCAAACAACAGUGUGAAUGUUUUGUGCUCACCAUCAGAGAAUCGGGAUCAUGCAAAACCGGCCCAGAUUGUGCUUUUUGGCAAAACCAUAAGGAUCGCCCCCGGAAAUGAAAAUGCUGUGAAUAAAAUCACUAAUAACUUUUCUAAUCUUCUACAAGCCCCGCCAAAACAAUCCACUGGUGAGAGGCUCGAAUGUAAUCCCAAGAACCAAUGCAUAAAAGAAACUUUGGCAGGAGAAACAUUGGAGAGUGAACAUUCAGGUAGGAAUUAG